GAGCAUUGGACUAGUAUCCCAAAGGUUGCGGGUUCGAUUCCCACCAUGGUCAGGCUAACUUUUUAGCCUGCCCGGUGUGUAUAUACACUCAGAGUAACAUACAAAACAUCAAAUUAUUGUCAAUUUAUACAAGUUCUUUUUUCAGCCACUGUUACACAACUAGGUGUAGUUCUCUUUGCUAGCAAAGAGCAAGUAUACUGUACAUAGGCAGAUAGCAAGAGUUCCGCGUUGAAAACAAAGAAGUACCAUCCCGAGAUAUAUUGGCGUACCUCCGGUACGUACAGUAUAUAUUACGCUAAUCAUCACACCCUGAAGUUUGUAUCAGCUCAAACGACUAAAAAUGUUGAAUUAUCGCAUCAUGGACUCUACUUCUCUAAACAGUUCGUGUUUUUCUCCAAUAAAUAAGUAAACUUCUAUCUAACAUACUUUGUAUAAUCUACUUUUUUAUGUUUCAUUCAAAUUGGAACAGAACUUUUACGGUAAGCAUAUUAUUAUUUCUAUUGAUUGACCAGACCUGGGGAAAUGUAUGUGGGAUCUCACCUUAUCAAGAAAAUUGAGGAACAGUUUGAAUUUUUCACACAUAUAUUAUCGUAAGGAAUCAUAUCAUGCUUCAUUAUCUGUUAUUUGAAACUGUGACUUGUUCUUCAAUGUUCAAAUUUAUCGUAAUCGGUGUACGGUCAAAUUUUUCAAUUGUUUUUACGCACGUUUGCGGAACAGUUAAUUUAUUAGACCUUUCCCCUUAUAACCAAAAUUUUGAUCUAGGCAAGUCUAGACAAAUAUUUCAUCACAGCUUGAAAGAGCAUCACAAAAUUAGUAAUAUUCCAAAGUUUCGUUGCGAAAUGUUGUAAAAUGAGGAAAAUAGAGCUUUGCGAAGUUUGCAAUUUUCAGUCAUUUUGCAUUACAAACGGGAAAUUGCAGCCCCAACACCCGAAUCGGAUGUCAAUUUCCCGUUUGUAAUACAAAAUGACUGAUUCAAUUCAACUUCGCAAGGCUAUAUUAUCCGCAUUUUACAAGAUUUUGCAACAAAACUUUAGAAUAUUACUAAUUUUGUGAUGCUCUUUCAAGCUGUGGUGAAAUUUUUGUCUAGAUCGAAAUUUUAGUUAUAAGGGGAAAGGUCCAUUGAAAAAGGCAAAUUCAGUAUCCGAGGAAUAUUAAACACUUUUUCCAAAUCUGUGAACGACGACAUAUUCAGAGGCCGCGGAAGCAUUUCGAAAGUGGAGGGGCAUUGACCGAAAGGGGCACUUUUGUAUAUGACCAGAAUCAAACGAUUUUAUGACGUUCACGAGCCGAACGAAAAUUUUUGAAAAUAUGGAGUCUCUCUAACGUCGGAAAUGGCCUUUACAGAGUCUUUACUACUGCGAAAAGGGCAUUUUCUUUCCAGAAAAAGAGGGCGUUUAUUCAAGAAAUACUUUUUUCGUUUUUUAAAUGAGGCAUUUUAGCCCAGAAAAAGGGGCACUUUUUUCACUUUUAAGAAAAGUGGGGGGGCACAUGCCCCCAUUGCCCCCCCGGUUCCGCGGCCCCUGGACAUAUUGAAACCUUACAAACAUUUGCUCUGCUAGUCUAUACAUCUCAGCCAAUCACGAGAUCAUCUGGUGGACAUCUUAGACCCGUUUCAGACGGCAUACCUUUCAUGUGCCGAACGUAAUUGACGAAUUAGUUAAGUACGGUAGAAUUUGGAGCGAGAAAAGUUCGACACGUCGCAUCAUGCGACGUUGGAACGACAUUAGAGACCUUACGAUUUUAGGACGGCAACGCGACGACGACGGCCAAAACAAGCUCCUUCAAAUAAAUGGUAGUGAAGAUAGUUCGUGGUAUAUUGUCAAUCGUAUGAAUUUAAUAUAGUUGGGAAGAGUUCUGCUAAACCCAGUUUGAAGUUGCACUUGUUGCGGCUUGGAAUACAGCCGUUGUAUCAAGACGUGAAAAUCUGUGAUUUGGCGUUGUAAACAGAGCGAGGACAAUGUCUAAAUUAUUCAUACAGUAUAUUGUAAUUACUCAAUUCUUUUCAAUGAUCUAUUGUAUUGGUAGCCGUUGCCGUCCUAAAAUCGUAAGGUCUCUAUUGAUUCAUACGCCGCUCCACUCUGACAGUGGCGUAGUUAGCGGUCCCGCUGUCCCGCCGGGUGAGACUAACAAUUUCAAAAAAAAUGUGUAAAUGUUUUAUAGUGAAGCCAAAAUCACUGCUAAUUUGCUUAUUCUGAAAAUUUAAAUAUAAUUAUGGUAAUUUUUCAGCGCUUUCAUUUGUCAUUUAUUUAAAGUUUACGCAAUAUUGCUGUCUGCUCUUUGACCUCUUUGUUGUCUAGUAUUAACUGAUACCCUGUAGAAUUAGCUAAUUUCCACGCAAUUUAUUGCUUACUCGCGCUAUUCGUGAAUCGCAUGUCUCGUGUUCCGCUGAUUUUCAUGUGGCGGGAUACGCAAUACUAUCUUAUACAAGAAAUUCUGGUUUCUGGUUGGAUAAUUGGCGCAGCGCAUGCCCAGAACGGUUGUUUUUAAUGCCGAAGUCCCGCUAUUUUAUGAAGGCGGAGGUUGUUAAUAUUCAAACCUUUCUGCCGAAGCUUUCUGCGCGAGUAUUCACGACUGUGACGGUGGUAGGUCAUCAUAUUACUAUUCAUAUCAUAUUUGAUGUUGCUUUUGUGAUUUGUAUACAGUGGCUUCAACGAGCGUGACGAGCCUUAUGGAAAGCCACAGCGGAAUUUCAUUUCAUUCGUUGCUUUUAGCAUUAUAUAUGUGGUGCUUUUAUCGUUAUACGAGGUGCUCUUUACAUUAUACGCGGUGCUACACUUCGAGUUCGAGCAUUAUACGCGACGAUUUUGACAUAUAUCAAGAUAUAUGGGCUACACGCAACAUUGUACGAGGUGCUUUUAACAUUAUACGUGGUGCUUGAGACAUUUAUUUAAUAAUAUACGCGGUGUUUGAGACAUACGAGGUGCUUUUAGCAUUAUACGCGGUGCUUGAGACAUUAUACGCGGUCGGUAUAACGUUAUACGCAGUACUCAGUGCAGAAGGCAAUAUUUUUGCCUAGCACAGCACUUCUCUGAGCUCACACAGAUCUUCUCUGGGCCAGAUGGCAUUUUUUGUAUUUUACGAAGCGAAAAUACUCCUGUUAGAGGUGUAUGGAAACUUUGUUUAGUGGCAUCCUUCCACCCUCGAAAUCGCAGGAAAUGCCAUUUCCGCGGUUCUAGAUUUCAAAUUUUCUCGGGGGGGUAUGCCCCCGAACCCCUCUAGGAAGGUCGCACCUUCGGUGCGAGGGGUCCGCCUUCGGCGGGACGAUUUUUUUCAGCCAGCUACGCCACUGUCCACUCAUGUGCCAAAACUCAACUUUUUAAAAUUUAUUUUAUAUAGUAUUAUAUUAUUUUUUAUUACUUUUUUUAUUAUUUUUUUAUUAUGCAGUAAUAAAUUUACGUGGUGUUUCCACAAACAAGAAGUAUUAUAUGUUUUAUCGCCAUACAAUCCUGCGAAGAACUUAGUAUUAGAUUAGCUUUCUUCUAGCUUAAAAAUUGACAUUUUUUUAAAAAUUUUAUCUACUAUAUAGGAUUCGCUCGCGAAUGCGCCCCAACCUUGUCAAUAACAUAUAUUUUAGAAUUUUAUUUUCUGUGUUGGUGUAAUGUACUCAGGUGAAUAUGAUGAUUGUGAUGUUACUCUGAGUUUAUAUCCACACCGGGCAAGCUUGAAAAAUAUGCCUGGCCACGGUGGGAAUCGAACCUACGACCUUUAGAAUACUAGCCCAAUCCUCUGCCAACUGAGCUACGCGGUCAGGUCGGUUCGAGUAUGUGAUAUUUAUAACCGAACCGACCUGACCGCGUAGCUUAGUUGGCAGAGCAUUGGGCUAGUAUUCCAAAGGUCGUAGGUUCGAUUCUCACCGUGGACAGGCAUAUUUUUCAAGUUUGCCCGGUGUGGAUAUACACUCAGAGUAACAUCACAAGCAACAUAUAUUUUGUACGCCGUUUGAAUCACUGCCGUUCUUAUGUCGCUCCAGUGUCGCAUCUAAUGCAGUUAAGUUCGACACAUGAAGAGUACGCCGUCUGAAACGGGCCUUUGAUGAUUUUGCAAUAUUUUUCAGAUGUUGGGCAUCUCUUUCUCCAUAUACAACAGUAACUGAUUGAUUUCUAGAUGGAAAUUUUUAGUGGAAUUUUUAUACAUUUUGCAAGACCCAACCAGGAGCAGUGUCGAAAAAUGCAACCAACCCCCCUCUGGCAGGAAUCGAAUCUCAAUGGACCAUUUGCAUUAUAGACUAAAUUUUGAUCUAGACAAAAAUUUCAUCACAGCUUGAAAGAGCAUCACAAAAUUAGUAAUAUUCCAAAGUUUCGUUGCGAAAUGUUGUAAAAUGCGGAUAAUAUGGCCUUGCGAAAUUUGCAAUUUUCAGUCAUUUUGUAUUAAGGUACGUUUACACGCUGCGAUUUGUCGGGCCGAUUUUGCUCGCUGUAUGUAAAUAACCUGUCGUGAGUACUCGCGUCAGCACUUUGCGAUUCACAAAAUCGGGAGAAAAAUCUGUAACAAAACCACAGAUUUUUCUCACGAUUCAACGAUUUUUUUUCCCUUGUAAAGUUGUUGAAAACUUUUCGCACGCAGAAAACUAUAACAUGAACAGACGAGAGAGCGGACAGCUUCAAUUGAACGUUUAAAUCGCUAAAUGUCGAAGAAGGGGUAUCGAUUAUUUACCAAAAUCGGCCCGACAAAUCGCAGCGUGUAAACGUAGCUUUACAAACGGGAAAUUGAUGCCCCGACACCCGAUUGGGCUGUCAAUUUCCCGCGUGCGUAAUACAAAAUGACUCAUGAAAAAUGGUAAACUUCGCAAGGCUAUAUUAUCCGCAUUUUACAACAUUUCGCAACGAAACUUUGGAAUAUUACUAAUUUUGUGAUGCUCUUUCAAGCUUUGAUGAAAUUUUCGUCUAGAUCAAAAUUUAGUCUAUAAUGCAAAUGGUCCAUUGUCUCUCUGUGGCUCAGUUGGUUCGAGCGCUGCACCGGAAUCGCAGGGCCGUAGGUUCGAUUCCUGUCAGAAGGCCUAUAGUUGCGUUUUUUGAAACUGGUCCUGGUUAGGUCUUAAUAAAUGUAUAAAAAAUCCUCUCGAAAUUUCCAUCUACAAAAUCUCUUUAUCUAUUUCCCUUAGAUAAGCAAUUAAAUGAUGCGAAAAUGGCGAUGUAUGAACAACAGCGAUGUUAUGUCAAACCAGAGCCGUAAGUCAAUGUUCAGCUUGCAGUGUGUUUCGACUGUAUAAUUGUCAAAUAAUGCAGUUAAAAUGUCUUUACGUAAUAUAGAAACAACUUCCAAUUUGUAAUUUAUGUACUAUUUAAAGCACGCGUAGGAGUUUUUAUCACUCGACUACAAGUGCUUUAAAUGGCUUAAAAAACGAUAAAACACGACUACAAGUGCUUUAAAUGGCUUAAAAAACGACUCUGCUUAUACGAGUUCAUUGGCGAAGUAAUUUUUAAAAUAAACUUUGUCUAAACCGAGAAAAUCAAAGCUAAAGUUUAUGUAAAUUAACAUGAUUUUAUAUCACAUAUAUAACCACGACACGCUUAUGAUUUUUCUUUGUGUUUUGCUCCUGAAUUAUUAAUGAGUUUUUUAAGUAUAUUUCAAUUCCGACUAUGAGGACUGGAUUAGAUUUAAAGUCCGCACAAUUUGAUCAAGGACUUUAUAACAAACGUACUUGCAGGCAGGGGCGGAUUUAGGGGUCGUCAAAUCAGUCGCGCGACUGAAGUAAAAAUUGCCUGCUUACAAAAAUUUGACUCCAACUAUCUAUUGUGGCCAGUAGAUCGAGUUACUAAAAUUUAGAAUCGUGCCGGUAGUCCAGUUAUACGUUUCAUGCUGCGGGAGAGCUUCGGCAAAGUAAUGUUAGUCAGUCACGAACAGCGGUCUUACGCAUGAAAGUUGACGGAUUCGGGGGUUAAAUCUGGCUAUCUGAUUGGCUGACACACUCAUUUCCAUGGCUACGGCCAUUUGCGACGGAUCUGUGGGGAGGCCUGACGGAUUUGCAGAUUCAGGGGCUCUGUAUGAGCCUUCUGAUUGAACCAUUUAACAAAAAUUCUGCACUGUCAUUGGCUUAUAUUUUCGACGGAUUCGCAGCGUGAGGUAUUCGUCAACACGGCAAUAUAGUGUUUACGACUGAGUUUAACAUUUUGAACGUUUACUAUUACGAGCGAUUUCUACCAGCGAUAUCUGGAAACAUUUUCGACAAUGUUCAGUUUGCAAUUGCGGCAAACGAUUUUGAAUCUCUAUACAACGUACGUUUGUACCGAGCUUGAAAAGAAUAUCGAUGCCUCACAGACGAAUUUUGUUUACAAGCUGCUGAGCGGCGCCAGCGACAACACAAGCAGAAGCCUCGCUAGAAAUUUUGGCGCAGAGAGGCUGAGAGAGCUACUGCUAGAGAAAGACAAAGCUUGCACUGCAAUAAGGUAGAUAAAUUAUGGUUUUAUAGUGAUGUAUCUUCAGUUCAUAUUAAAGGUUUAUAAACCGGAGUACCAAUUGUCUGACAUAUGAUAUUUUAAUAUAUUCGCUAUGCUGCAUGCAUUGCUAUAUUAGCAUAAUUCUCGCAUCAAGAAGCUAAAAUAUGUUAACUACAUUGUAAGCAUUUGUUGAUUCUCAUGUUAGUGAAGUUUUAUUUAUAUCACACAACAUGUACGCGUUAACGCGUAUACGUGUAUUGGUUUAUCCAUAGCCUAUCGACAUGGCUGAAAUAUUUAAUUAGGUAGCUUGAAAAGCUCAUUGACUGGUAGCCAUUCUGAUGUUACUAGUUUAUUAAUAGUAUAUUUUGUGCUCAUUAUAUAUAAACCACAGUAAGACUUUAUUAAUAGUAAGGGUUUAGUUUAUUAAUAUUUGACUUAACAUCUUUGACUUAACAUCAAAUGUUCGUUUGAGUUUAUUAAUUCAAUUUAAAUAUGUUUUAUAAUUUGGCUAAUUAGAAUUUAGGUUAAUAGGUGUGGGGGGGGGGGGAGGGACCAAAUCGCAUUUUAUGUACCGAAAAUUCUAAAAAUUCGGUGGCGGACUAUCAGCAUAAAAAUUAUUUCAGCGCCCCCCCCCCACUUGGAGUCGACCACGCCCAGUCGAGACCACGCCCAGCGCUGAUAACGCCCUGUCCACCAAAAAAAAAUUUGACUGAGGUACGAAAAAUCCUAGAUCCGCCCCUGCUUGCAGGGAGGUGAGUCCGGGAUUGGACGCACCGAGGGUGGCUGGAAUUUUCCCUCACACAUUUGUAGCUCUUCGCGAUAUAUUCGUCGAUGUUUUGUGAACAUUUUGACAAGCCAAAAAAAUUUGUGAACAAGCCAAAAAAAUCACUGGACAAGCCAUUUGUGAACAAGCCAAAAAAAUCACUGGACAAGAAAAUACUUCUUUAUCUACGUCUACAUUACCUUUACUGCAUUUUUUCUUUGGUUUUUCUUCAGUCUCAGUAUGUUAGUCACCGAAAAUAGUUCUUUAAAGUUUAGGUUUAUCGGCUAAAUCUUGUCCGCCAUAUUUGUUAUUGUUAUUGCAACGUAAGCAGUUUAGCGGGUGAGUUCGGGCGAAAAGCAGGUGAGCUCGACGACAAGCUCACCUGCUCUAAACCAAUCAGAAAGCCGUUUUUAACACAGGUAUGGGAUAAGAAAUCUAGUCCAGUUUAAAAUUGGAGGAUUUGAAAUGACAUCUACUUAAAGUGAGGUGAACUAAUUUUGAUCCCGUUCGAAGGACUGAAUUAAUUUUGAUCCAGUCCUAGAACUGGAUCAAUAUAUACAGUAAGUGUACUUCACCAGCAAGCUGCUCCAUUUACUGUUCGGAGUACUCCGGAUUUUCGGAACACUAAUGGAAUGGAACAGAAGAGAGUCACAUGACUGUUCUGAACUGUUCUGACUACCCCGAUUUUCGAGUAGGGGCAGCCAGAACAGACACGUGACACUGUCUAUUUUCACGUGAUUGGAAAUGGAGGCGACAUAUUUUGUGUAUCCAAUGCACACCGUAUAGAGCGUUAUUUUGAAGGGUUAACCGCUAUAUUUCGACAUAUACUUAUUAUAUGCUAUUUGAACGCCAGAGUAGGGCAAAAUCAACGAGUAAAAACGUUGCAAAAGCAUACGUAGAUGUACAAAUAACAGAGAAUCAUUAUACGCUUUAUUGUGCGAAUAACUAAUUAAUAUAGUAAUGCAUGGUUGCACGAAUAUAUAAUAAACUCAACUGUUCCAGAACACCGUUUGCACUCCAUUUUAUAUCGGUUCAGAACAGUGUUCCAAAUGUUCUAGAACAGUAAAUGGAGCAGCCUGCAGGUAUCCAGUAUUAUCAUAUUUAUACUCAUGAAUUAUUAAUGCCUUUGAGAUAACUAUGGCAAUUCUAUUAUCUUUCUCAGAACGUACCCUGAAGCAGUUAAGCAAGAUAUAAAGGACGAAGGUACUUUUUUAUAACAUGAUUCUAUAUCCAAGAAUGCAUUGCAUGUUGCAGCAAAAAUUUCCUCGUGUAAAAUUUCCUCGUGUAAAAUUUCCUCGUGUAAAAUUUCCUCAUGUAAUUUACUCUAAAGGAGUUGAAAAUUUAUUUCCUUUGUAGAAAAUGUUUGUUCCGUUCCCACGCCUUGUGAUCCUCGUGUUAUUGCACUAAGGGUAAGCAUAUGUACUUCUUAACAAAUAUAAAACAUUUUCGGUGUUGAUGUACAGUUAUAUCACCACGAUUGGAAAUUGGGAAAACGAGAAAUUGUGUGAAAUGUGGAAAGUUAUUCACUUUUUGUGUGGAAACAAAAAGUGAAUAAAUGUUUUUCUAAACAAAUUUUUGUGUUUAUUUUGAAGAACAUUUUACAAAAAUAUAGAAACUCUAUAUACCAUAUGAAAUUUUCUAAUAUAUAAUAUAUAAUAUAGCACAAAGAAAUAUAAAGAAAGAAAUUUUCCGUGUUGUCAUUGAGUUAUAUCAACACGGCUCUUAGCCAAUCAGCGUUGAGAAUUUACAAAUGCUAUAUUAUACACUCAAUGUUUGCUCCCGAGCGAAAUAGUUUGUUUUGUUUUCCCGAGAGUCUCGAUGUUUCCCGAGACGAAGUCGGGGGAAACACGGGGAUUCGAGGGAAAACAAAACUAACUAUUCCUCGAGGGGGCAGACAUUAAGCGUUUUGUUAUAUAGCGACGAACAAAAAUCAACAUUCAACAACAUUCAUACAACAAUUGUAUUUCGUGACAAAAACUCUAUAGAGUAAACGAGUUUAAAAUUAAAAGAACCUACCUAAACGGUUUCAGCAGCAUAUCCUGUUGCCUGUUGUGUAUUUUUCUUCUCUUUUACAUUUUUUAUUUGAACACAAACUUCGAAAAUCGUAGUUUCUAAUUAUGCUAGUUGUGCCGCAAUUUUGUUUAUUUGUGCACGUAGCCGGUUGGGGUGGGCAACAAUUUUCACUGGUUGCCCGGUAUUAUACAUUGCAUUUAUCUGAAGUCACGUGACCACAAAUCAGCCAAUCACGUUUGGUGUUCACCCUAGCUACUGUAUAUAACAAUAUAAAUUGUAUUGACAUAUGAGUGUGGACGACAUUGCUUUUCAGUUCUCCAAUAUUUGAGGGAGUCAUGCUUUGGAAAUGACAAUAAAUUUUUAUUACCCAACCCUGGAGCUGUUUUGUUUUUCAUUUACCCAACCUUUUACUCAAAAUUUUGUUUACCCAACCCUUUUCUUUUUGGUGCCACCCCCAGCCAUAAAUAAUGGCCGGUCCCCUAGCUGGCAGAAUAUUUUAGGGCAGGAUUUUUAGGGCAUUACAUAAUGCUAACACACAGAGAAAAUAAUGUGCAGUAUUACUAUUAGGAAGAAUAUUAGUGAGAUCGACAGAAAACAUUUGACCCCAAAACUUGGGAUCCCAGAAAUUGUAGUAGUGCUAGUAAAAUUUAUUUUCUUUCCCCAGAGGGACUUUUCAAAGAUAAUUACACAAAAUAAGUAGAAUAAUAUGUACAAAAUUAGAAAUGUAAAAAGUUUGUUAAUGCACUAAAAUGGAAAUAUGACACAAUUUAAUUUGCUGUCAAAUGCAUGCUUGACACGAUUGAUUUGCCCCAGUAUAGACAUACAAGUUGAGACGGUCUUGGUAAAAUGAUGGUUGUAGGUUAACUUAACAUCCAGAGUAACGCCACAUCCUUCGCCAUUUCAAUGGGUUUUAGUGAAAAUAUAUUAAAACAUUACACUUCCUAUAUUAAUACAUACAUUUAGGAAAAGCUGUUGGAGAAAAGACGUAUGUUGAAUCAGUUAGAAAACCAAGAGAGAGAUUUUCUUGGAACGAACAAUGGUAACCAUGCAUUAUAUGUACAGUACAUGAACUGUUCACUCAGCAUCGUGCCAACAGGAAAUGCACCAUCUUCGAUACGUCCCCUAAUCACACUUGUGUAUUUACAAAUUUCAUGACCUGAGUCACGCUUUGAAGAAAUAAAAACAGAAACCUACUGUAGUUAGAAGCCUAAAGAGGCCAUGCUGUGGUUAGCUCCGCCAUUUGCCUUUGUUGUAAUGAUAGAAAUUGCUUAACAUCUACUAUGUAAGUAUUAAUUCGUUUUUCAACCGCACAGGUACUAUGACAAGAAUUGAAUUCUCAGCGACUGCUAAAAAUAAUUAUUUCUUGGUCAUCGGUCGACCAGAUACUCUCAUACCAGAGGGACGAACGAUUACCAUAUUUGGUAGAUUACCCAAUGGACGUUGGAGAUGUUUUAUGGAUAGAGAGAACGAUCGUCGGGGAUCUUGUAAUGAUAGCAAUGGACAUGAUAUCCACUCGUAUCCACUGAUUGGCAGUGUACCUACAAGUGUUAUUGUGGAGCUGAACCAACCAAGUCGUAUUAAAGAUUUCGUUGACAGUCUCUCGAUAUCCUCCAAUGAGAUGUCUCCCCCUGGAACUCCCGCUGAUGAUCUGUCAACUACGUCAUCGAAUUCAUUUACAUAUGACGUCAUACCUGGUUCCCAGUCCCCACGUCGCUUAUCGGAUGCCGUCGUAUCUAGCUCCCAGACUUCACGGUCAGAACCUUACUCCAACCAUAAAUAUGGUAACAACCUUGCCCCACCUAAAGGUCCCCUCUCGACUUCCGAACAGACUCUCCCUCCGACCAGACCAACCCAAAUCAGUCCCUUAGGAAACCAAGUAUUAACCCAUCGUGUGACACGGCCUUCAAAUUCGUCCAUGUCACCCACAUCCCCUCAGCCAGAAAGCGUUUCCAACGCAAUGACUGACUUAAACCGAGCGUUAGAAAACCUAGCGGCACUGGCGCCCCGAUCUAGGGUCUCGUCCAAUGUUUCGACGUGCAGUAGGACUUCGAAUUCCAGUCUGGAGGAUGACAGUUCAGAUAUGAGUCGUGGUUCGAGAAUUGAAUUGAAUUCUGAUGAUGAGGAAACGGCUGAUUCCAAGACUAAGUCGGGUGAGUAACGUCCUGGGUUUGGGAAUAGAUUAAGUAUGGAUAGAUGUGUAAAAUCAGUAAAAACGUUGUCCCCUCGGGCCGGUUGUUCAAAACUCGAUUAGCUUAACCCUAGGUUAACCUAAAAUUUAAUGCGAACUUCCUGACAGCUUGUCUAGAAAUUUGGAAAUGUUUCUUCAGAGAUCUUGUCUGGAUCGAUAGGAGCUUAUUUCUCUGAACUUUUGAAAUAAACAGAAGUGCAGAAAUACAAGUACCAAAACAGCCAGCGGGUUAAAUUUUAACGAAGGGUUAGCACUAACUCACCUUUGAAGUACGUCCCGGAUUAGCGCAGAAGCCUUGGGUCCGCAGAUUGCUCUUUGACAGGAAUCGAACUUGCGGCCCUGUGAUUCCGGUGCAGCGCUCUAACCAACUGAGCUACAGAGAGACAGUUGUCGAGCUCUAACCACAAGUUCAUGUGUAAAUACUAAAGUGAUGCUAAUGUAUAUGGAUAAAUCUAGUAUCGAGAUUUUGGGUAUCUCACAUGAUGUAACUGAUUGUUCAAGGGAAAAGUUAUAGCCAAAAUCGUGGUAUUUAAUAGCGCAGAAAAUGAUGCGUAGAGUUUAGUAUUAUUCCAUAAAACUGAUAAAUAUCCGAAUUUUUGACUCAAUAUAACUAAUUGUUUGAAGAGUUUUGUUGAUGGAAAUUGUGAGUGUAAACUUUAUAUCACCUUAGUAUAAUCAUGGAUUGUAAAAUAACUGGAUAGGAAACUUGCUGACGUCACAGUCUAAACCUAGUUGCAAUGUGUGACGUCACGCGUAUUGCCAAAGUUCUUAGCAUUUUUGUUGUUUCGCUAUAUUUUCCACUUCAAAAGAGUAAUAUUGAAGCAUAAACUGGUCUAAUUGCUUUAAAAACAUGCCUAAGCCACGACAAAGUAUUCAAGGUAAAUGUUUUUCGUCUUUGUUUUGUAUUUUUUUACAUUUGUAGCUACGAAAUUGGCGUCGCCAAUUUUUACGAAAUUUGCGAUGCAUUUUUCACUGUUUUGUGCUUGAAAUAUUUGCUAAAAUUGACCGGGAAUACUUAGAGAUUUCAUCAUAGAAUGGCUUAGUUAUAUUUAUUUGCUCUUUGACUAAAAUGUUUAGCUGUAUUAUCGCUAAACAUGCCGUUUUUGAGAAUUUGGUUUGCAACUAGGUUUCAACACCAUCAUCCCAUUGAAAACAUUAGGUCACGUCAGCUAGUUUCCUAUCCAUGUAUUUUAUUAUCCAUGGUAUAAUUAAACAUGAACUUGCCGUUAUAGAGCUCUGACACCCGGUACUGUCGUUCGAAAUUAAAUAUUUUACUUUUUAUCCACUUGAAUGACAGACAUUUUGGUUUUAAAAUAACGUUUUAAUUGUUUCUUCAGAUAUUGUGAUUCGCAGACGAUUAAGAAGACGAGACAUUCACAUAUCUCGGAAACUUCACGCAAAAGGCAUUAGCAUAAUUGUUGGGUCUUCUAGUUCUUCAGAAGGUAUAAACUGCAUAAUGUAAUGGACGACUUACGCUUUAGAAAAAUUUUAAUCUGGGAAUAACAAAGGAUAUUUUUGUUAAGAAGUUAUCAAAAUUAGAAAAACUGCAAAGUUUGGUUGCGAAAUGUUGUAAAAUACGGAAAAUAUAGCCCUGCGAAGUUGGCAAAUUUGUAUACAUUUCUGUUACGUUCGGAAAUUGGUAACUAAUUUAGAUACCAAUUCACGCACGUAAUACAAAAGUAUACAAAUUUGCCAACUUUGAAGGGCUAUAUUUUCCGUAUUUUACAACAUUUCGCAACCAAACUUUGUAAUAUUACUAAUUCCAAGACGCUCUUUCUAGCUGUGGUGAUAGAUUUCGUUGUUCUUACUUAGAUUAAAAUUUAAUCUAAAGCGCAAGUCGUCCAUUGCAUGUAAAGUAAAAGAACAAAUUUAAGGGGUGUUUUAACUUUCACCUCUUUUGUUUUGAAAUAAUUUUGAAAUUUUCAAUUUUUCUUAUCCAUAUUAUCCCGCAUAGAAUUGAAUAAAAAUUGAAAAUUUUGAAAUUAGAAAAGAUCAAAAUUUUUGGUCGUGUAAUUCAAGAAAUGUUGGAAUAUUUUUUUACUGCUCUGUAGAUGAAGAUGACUGCGAAGAAAUUAUGAAAGGUUUUGAAACUGCUGAUAAAUCAACAGUCAUGGAGGAAGUGACUCAAUCACGGUAAGAAAUUUUAUGUACUAAAAUGCUCGGUUUGAAUAAGCUGCCGGUGCAUGUUUGUGUCUGAACCACCUGAAAACGUUGCUGCUAAUCUAUCUGUCGUAAAAAGUCGUUCUUAUAGGGGCCAUUCAUACGAGCAGUGCCCGACAGAAUCGUGUCACGAAUUUUUUCCUAACCGUAAAACUCGUUCGGAUGAACUUUUCUGCUGUUACUGGAAUCAAACCAAUUCAACUUUGAAAUGUCGUUUUGGAUGUUUUUCAAAUUCCGUGAUAAGAGCUUUAUUAAUAAACGAAUCAUCCCCGUUAACAACCUCGUACCCAGGCUAUUUUCUCUUGCGCUCGGUGCACGGCCACUUGCUGAGAAAAUAGAGGAAAAUUGAGGGAAUACGAGGAUGCCCGGUUAACUGGGCCAACCAUUGCGGCCAACUCAGUUCCCAACCUCGUUCCCAGGGCUUCAGUGUGAGGACGAGGCGAGACACGAGGAAGCCCUGGUCCGGGCCGGUCACGUGACGUCAAAAAAUGGCAGUAUUUGACAGCUACUCGUCAAGGAGUGGCGAGAUAUUCUUUAAUGAAAUAUACAAGUCUUCGAAACAAAUAAAUAGCCAAAAGACUUCUCAAUCGAUAUUAUUUAUGUGUAGAGCGAAGUUUGACACGAAUCAGCUAAAAUCUAUGAAGAUCCCGUCUAUGUUUUCUAAGAUAUACCGAUAUUUCUGGAGAUUUUCAACUACAGGCAAAGCUCUGCAUCCAAGCUGCAUCUAGGCGUCUCCAUGCAGGUGGUGAUUCACACGAAAUUUCCUUUCUCUCGUCUUGAACAAAAUGGCUAUUGCUAUAAUUAAUAUUUAGUUUAAAUAUGCUCUUAUAGAUCUGACUUAGUUCAAUAUAUUAAAUAAACACAAAUAUAAAACCUCGCGUAACCUGUUUACGCUGUACAGGAAUAUACGGUUCGCUUGUUUCGCCGGACACCAACACUUGCCGUUCAGGAGCAAUGCUUGCCUACAAAUUUUAUCCCCUUCACAAUCUUUGUUUUAUUUUAUCGUAUAGUCGCAAUUUUCAAGUAUUCGGCGUAUUCUGAAACUGAAAAACUGGGUGGCGUGCGAAUCUUGUAGACUACAUCGGCCUAGGCGUAGAGCUAUUAUGCGUGAGUCAAUUCCAGGAGUAACCAUCCCCCCCCCCCCCGGGAACACACCCGGACAUUUGAUUAGAUUGGUUAUAAUAGUGCAAAUGCCCGGGUGCCGGGACACAACUUGAAGACUAAUGCACGGCCCCUGGGCAAGCUGAGAGUGGAAAAUGCCCCACCCCGGGGACGAUUUUACAGUCAAUUUCACGAAACUUUGAUCACAAAUGUUGCGAAGUUCGGAAGCUCAUAUUGGAAUUCACAAGCCAAUUUGUAAACAAAGUCCCUGAUUGGUCCGUGAAGUAAAAGAAGCCAAUCAAAUGCGUAGUUUACGAACUGGUUUGUGAAUCUCAUUAUGAACUUUUGAACUUCGCAACAAUCUUGUGAACUUCGCAACGAAGUUCGGAGAAUUUGUGGUCAAAAUUUCGUGAAAUCGACUGUAAACGUUAAUUAAACUUUUAAUGGCAUAUAAUCAUAGUCAUUUAAUAACAUUAUAGUAUUAAACUGCUAUGGAAUAUUAUAAAACAUAAACCUUUAAUAGUUGUAUUUAAAUUUGCAUGGCACAGGGUAUAAUUUUCGCUUAUUCUUACAAUAAAUUUCACGCCACCUUGACCACGAGGGCGCAAAAUACGAUCAGCGCGCCCACAUGCUUGCCUGAAACUAUGUUUUGCUGCCUUAAAAUUUGUGGGUGGGAUUCUGGUCAACCAUUUGUCAAAUCCCCGGGGUCCUCCAAUACCCGGCCCCCGUGCACAUAUAUGAAAGGCAAAUUCCCGACCCCCGUGAACUGUCUAUCGGGCAAAUUCCCGGGGGGGGAUGGUUACUCCAGGAAUUGACUCAUGCAUUAAGUAAACAGGGCCUAAAUUAAUUUAGUAGUUUCAUUUAAUUGUUUGUCUUGCUUUUAUUUGUCAGUACAGAAUAUUGUAAAUUAAAAUAUUACUACAAUGCAAUACGCGUAGUAUUUCAUCAGACAUCUGCACUAAUAAAUACUGUACAAGGAAAACUUAAAUAAUAGUAGACAUGCAUUUCUUGUUUUGUCAGGAAACAUCACAGCUCACUUCGACACGGCUUUUGAGUUUUGUAACCGGCCGAGGCGAAAGUAAAUCGUGCAGUCGGGAAAACGUCUUACUUUGAAAGAUUAUUUUGCAAAGCAUACUCGUACACACAAGAAUCAUAAAAAUACAAAUGUUUAAUUGUAUUGUAAUUUGUUAUUGUCAACCGUCAAGUUCAGUUAUUUUUAGACAAUAUGGUGUUAGCCAAUCAGAAUGCAAAACUGACCGGCCCGGACCAGGGCUUCCUCGUGUCUCGCCUCGUCUUCACACUGAAGCCCUGGGAACGAGGUUGCUCAGUUCCCUUACGGAUGUUUUUACGUUACCACACGCGUAAAAACGCGCAAGUUAAUGUUGCAGAUCUGUAAACAAGUCAACCGAUAUCAGAAUGUGUUCGCACUGCUUGUUCCCACUUGUUGUGGCAAGUCUGGAACAAGUUGUUGUAAGGUUGAUGACGGUAACAGACUUGCUACAAGUUGCUCCAACAAGACUGAUACAGCCAGGCUGUUCCUAACAAGUUGCUACGAGCUUGUUAUAGUCAACAACUUAUUAAUUAACAACCUGUUACAUGCAGACGAUAUCAAACCUGUUGGAACAACUUGUUGCGAGUCUGUUGGCCUCGUCAACCUUCUUACAAGAUGGUAACAACUUGUUUCAGACUUGUGAACAACUGGGGACAAUUUUACGCGUGGUCAUGAAUUAAGCGAACUCUGACACUGUAUUAUGAAACGUGACUCACGCUUGGGUUUUCCCUAUUCUGCUGGGGCCACUUUGGCGUACUGUUCAACAACAAUGAAUGAACUUGGUUUUUUUUUACAAUAACUAUCAUUGAGCAAACUUAUUUUUCGUAAUAUUUAACCUUUUGUCGUUAAAAUACAAUUACAUCGAUCUGCAUUAUUUGCAGUUUUUCACACCAUGCAUUUAAAGAGAACGUCCAAUUAAAUGUUUGUGAUGUUGCUCAGCUGAGUGUGUCCUCACGGACCUCACCGGGCAAGCUGAAAAGUUUGCUUGACUGCGGUGGGAAUCGAAUCCGCGACCUUUGGUUUGCUAGUCCAACUGAGCUACAAGGUCAAGUCGGUUCGAGUGUGUGAUAUUUCGGACUUAGUCUAGUUCCUUCGAUAUCAGUAUGUUUUUAUGAUCUUGAAUUCUUAUUUCUGAUGUUGUGCACUCAAAUGAAGAUCGUUGUACAGUAGCUCAGUUCAGACCUGCCAAGUCAUCGUGAGACUCACGAUUUUUGAUGCUUUCUCACGAUCUCACGAUUAAGUCCCCAAAUCUCACGAUUUUCGGAACUUAUGAAAUCAUCGAAGAGCGCAACAUUUCGUUACAAUAAGGCACACUCUUCCAAGGAAACGUCACACUUUAUUAGUGUAUUAAUAAUGCGCCUCUGAAUGCGCAAUGUACAACGCCAGAAUUUUGUAUGCGUGAUGUUUGUGUUACAAAGUAAAAGCUGGCGUGUCCUGCUAAGUUUAUUGUCCUGUUAGUCCUAAUAUUACUCGUAGUUUUCUUGUACAGUGGAAACUACUAAAGCCAUAAAGGAAAAACAGCCUGUUUUUAAUAAGCCUUGCAUUUACGGUUAUAUUAACAAAAUAUAAAUGCAUACUAUCAUAAGAUUGGAUAUGUAUUGAUUAUUUUCUAGUGUUGUUAAAGUUAACCCUGGUCAUAUUAAUGAGCAAACCUGAAAAAUUCUAAGUGUCACGAUUUUUCAGUCAAUCUCACGACUUUUUAGAUAGCAACUCGCUAUUUCUGCUACUCAAGGGUUGGCAGGUCUGUCAGUUGGUAGAGCAUUGGACUAGCAAACCGACGGUCGCUGGUUCGAUUCCCACCGCGGUCAAGCAAACUGUUCAGGUUGCCCUGUGGCUGUGUGGACACACUCAGAGCAACUUCACAAACAUCUAUCUUCAUCUGCGUGCACAACACUGUCAGAAACAAGAAAACGUCCAAUUAGUUGUCAAUGCAACAUCGUGCAUGUUCGAUUUUUUAACAACAGUAGAUUCGUAUUUAACCUUAGGCUUAAAGCUCCCACUUAGACUUAAGGCUCUCUCCUCCGCAGAGCUUUCCUGGCUUCUUAACAGUGCGAAGCUUCGAUAUUAUAAGACACAAACACAGAUUCGCCGAAGCGAGCGGGCGACCUCUAUCCCUUCUUUAUGUCUUAUAAUAUCGAAGCUUCGCCUUGUUAAAAAGCUAGGAAAGUUCUGCGGAGGAAACAUUUCCCGUGUUUCUGUACAGUUAGGGACCGGUCAUAAAGUAACUUCUAGGGUGGGCUGGAGUAAUUUGGGAUGGGCUAUGGAAAAUCUUUGGGCAGUUUCGAUGGGCCGCCAAUUUUUUUGUAUGUCCACGGUUGGGCCACCAAACAAAAACCCAUGCAUGUCUACUUCAAAAAAUAAAGAUAUUAAUAAUAAAAGUAAACAAAACUAUCCAAAUUAUCAAAUGCAAAUGAUGCUAUUGAAGCCAGUACUUUGUUUAUACAACAACAAGAAGUGGUCGAAUCACAGCAAAUACAACCAACUGGAGAGUUAUUUAUUGCUCAGUAUCAACGUGUUGGUCAAGCUUGAUGGAAUUAUGUAUGUCAAUACAGUGCCGUGUAUAUUUUCAAUGUUCAUACCUACAACAUUGUUUUAUUAUAAAAGUGUAUUUUCCCAAUUUAGAUUGGGUGGGUCAUGAAAAAUUUUUUGUACAUCCUAAGAUGGGUCACCGAACUUAUUGGCAAAAUUUGUGAUUUACCUCCAGCCCACCCUAGCAGUUACUUUAUGACCAGUCCCUUAUACUAUAGAAACAUGCGUUGGAAUUUGGGAGAACGAGAAGUAAUCAGUUGGAAACACUACGUAUAUAACUAUGUAGAUAAUGUAGUAUGUAUAUAUCAUUGCUAAAACGUUACUCUGCAAAAACUGCUUGAGGUCGUUAGCUAUGCGAACAAUUUGAAGAAUGACAAUGGUAAGAGGAACCAACCAGAUUUGUUUUGACUCGGUUUAAAUGUUGUUUUCCCUACAAACGUGUCGGCACGACGUUUGUAUUAUAUUUGCCGCGCACGCGGCAUACUUAUUGAGUUAUUGAUGAACGUCAGUUUUAAGACUGGUUUACCUAUAUCAAUGUUUCUGUGAUCACAUGGUAGGAAUGUUUUGAGGGAACUGACUUUAAUAGUGUUUAACACUGACUCCUUCAAAUCUUAGAGUUAGAUUUUAUCAGUGGAUUUUAUCUGUGUGCAAAAUCCCUAUUGUGCGUCACAGAAACUUUGACAGUAUAAACGAGGCUUUGAAAUACACUAGAAAACACGUUGAGAAUGAUUUUGAAAUAAAAUUGAAAUAUUACAGCCGCCGCAUAUCGCGCCUUGUUGAUUGCUCUAAUCACUAAUGACUAUAAUCUUGAGUAAGAUGCUUCUAUAUCGGAGUAUGUUUUGAAUUAUAUUUUGUCGGCUAGGUUUUAAUGGAUAGUACAGCCUGGCACUAUUCCCAAUAUUGAAAAGUGCUACCUCUGCAAGAGUGCAGUAUUUAAAUGCCAGAAUUGAACAGGGUAUACAUCAAAGCUGAUAAAAAGCUUCCGACAAUGUGGGUGUUUUGUAGUAAGUCGUAGUAUUUUUGAAUACUUUAGCAAUGCCAGUAAUGCAUUGAUUUUAUAACCCAUCUCGUGCCAGCGCUCUUCCCUUGACAAGCAAAAUCAUCCGGCGUUAGACAGGGUAAAAUAAUAAAGCAUUGUGAAUGAAUUAUAAAACUCGUCGAAGUCUUUUUCAGGAAUUGUUUUAAAGAAAUUUUAUUAUACUGCAUAAAAAACAUAAAAUAGCAGCAUGUCACAUAGCGAAGGAGGGCUGAGUACAGCUAUCUAUAGAUUAUAUAAAUUAUUCAGUGCUGUAUUGGGAAAUCCAAAACAGGAACAUUUCCGAAUUUGUAAAUGGAAACCUAAGAAAAGGGACCCAAUGGACAUUUGCAUUAUAGACUAAAUUUUGAUCUAGACAAAAAUUUCAUCACAGCUUGAAAGAGCAUCACAAAAUUAGUAAUAUUCCAAAGUUUCGUUGCGAAAUGUUGUAAAAUGCGGAUAAUAUAGCCUUGCGAAGUUUGCCGUUUUUCAGUCAUUUUGUAUUACAAACAGGAAAUUGACAGCCAAAUCGGGUGUUGGGGCAUCAAUUUCCCGUUUGUAAUACAAAAUGACUAAAAAUUGCGAAUUUCGCAAGGCUAUAUUAUCCGCAUUUUACAACAUUUCGCAACGAAACUUUGGAAUAUUACUAAUUUUGUGAUGCUCUUUCAAGCUGUGAUGAAAUUUUUGUCUAGACUGGUUUAGAUCAAAAUUUAGUCUACAAUCCAAAUGGUCCAUUAGAUGAUGGGAAUUGCAAAAGACUCGCAACUUUUCAGGGGACCUGGGGGACCUUAUCUGCAGACAAUUUUCGUAUACUUUAUAACCUCCAGAGGUCGAUUUCUUGCUUUUUCAGACACAAUUUUUGAUGCAGUCCAUCUUGAAAAAUUGAAUAUUAGGCCAUAUAAAAUUCGAUACAAAAUUUAAAAACGUUUAGUGAAAGCCGGCAUAACUGAUUUAUUAUCUUCAUUUUAACAUUAUUUUACAGAUAAAACAUAAAAAUACUGUCUAUAUUACUCAGUAAAUACUGUCUUACUAUUGUUUGUCGAUUAAGAAAGGUAUCAAAAAUUGACUGAGAUUACCAAGCAGUACAUUACAUUAUACUCGCGGUAUAAUUUCGCUAUAGAAUUUGAAAUAAAAAAUUCAAAGCCUUAAUUAAGGACGGUUAGGACGCUAUCUUGAAUCUAUUGUUUUCACCAUUGUGUUUACACCCCCUGCAAAUUUACCUGGCUAGAGCCUAGGCUAUUGUCAUGUUUUGUUAUGGCGUCGUCCUAAUUGAAAUCUUAGAUUUAAUUCGUCAUUUUCUGAAAUUUGUUUGACAUUUACUUAAUUAAGAAGGAACAUUUUGUGGCUGGCUGAAGACUGACCUACCUAAAAUGCUCAUGUUUUGUGAUUGGCUUUCAGAAACAAGAACGAUCAUUGUUCGUAACUUGUUCUUUAGAAAGACGAUUUCUCUCAUUGUUUUUUGUCUCUCAUUGUUAUAAUCAACCAACCACGUGGCUGGAUGGUAUAGGUAGAUGAUGACCCUUUUAAUCUUAUUUAUAUACUUCAAACACAGACCACGACGGCUACUUGUGGUACUUUGUCUAUAGUGUGAUCAAUCAACCAAGUUCGUACAAAAUUUUCUCACACACUCACAUAAAUCCUAUGUCUCAGAUAUAAAACUUAAGUAGGAUUUUUCUAAGUGAUGUUUUUCUACCGGCUUAGCGCUAUGAAUCAAAAAUUUGAUCAGAAGGUCACCGUCAGCUCACGAAAAUAGGCGUGAUCUGGAAGAUUCGCGAAGGAGCGUUGUUUACAAUAUUUUUUGCGCUGUGUAAUUUUCUGUGGUGUUCCAUGCACGUUUUGAGAAGGCGUGUGUUUACAAUAUUUAUUUAAAACAAUAUGCGCUGUGUAAUUUUCUGUGGUGUUCACGUACGUUUAGAGAAUUAAUGUUUUCGUUGCCAUCCAAAGACUGCCAGUCUGCCACAUUGACACAUAAAAUCAUCGACUGUCUGGCAUAGUAAAAUAAAUGUUUAUUGUCAUAUCAAAAAUGUAAUAUUCUUGAAACUGAUAGGUGUAGCAAACUGUACCGUAUGAUGCGCAUUGCCCCGUCACACAUUGGUACUUCGUUUAACCUAUUGAGUGGCAGCACUCUCCACUGACGAGUGAAAUCGUCUGGCGUUAGACAGAGUAAAAUAAUAAAGUAGCGCGUAUCCAUGGUUUGUGUCGCGGUUUGUGUUUCAACUACCCGAAAAAGAUAUUUCGAUCGUGGAGGUACACUGUAGGUAGUAUUCUACAAUAAUCUGUGUCUGAACUGCCCGAAAUAGAUAUCUCAGACGUGGGGGUCCAGUGUGGGUCCAGUGUGGGUAGUAUUGUAUAGUAAGCUGUCCUGAUUUGUGUCCAAACUAUACCAAACCCAAGGUCCAAGACUUUAAACUUUUCAGAUAGUUCAGUACCCAACCGCACACCAUAUUUCCCAUAAGGAUGCAUUUUGUUUAUCAUUUACAUCCGGAAUAAAUCGUUUAUCUUCUGCUAAUAGUCAUAUAUUUGUGCUCAUAUAACGACGCAAUUUCCCUCCCCCUUUUCUUACCAAUUUCUACAUGUCUCAAAUGUCACAAUUAAUUAAGCGUCGUGUAAUUAUGUGAGUCUUGAGUGACCAGUGACAUUUGGUAACCUAAUACUAUAGGCUUCUAAUAGGAUUUUAGGUCAAGUGCAAGAGCGGAUAGUAUUUUUAAUAUUAGAAUAUUUUACUAUUGUGUCCGCGACUGUUAAAAUAAUCACGGUGUAUUGUGGACAAAACAGAUGAUGGGGGUUUGUUUGCCGACUUUAGAAAAACAUGGGAGGGUCAUAUUUAAUUAUUUGCUCUUAACAACCUUGUUUAAUUUCUACUAAUAAAAUCCGCACUCAGAGAUCGGACUGACAUUCCAGAACGUGGAACGUCAAACAAACCGCUGGAGUCACGGAAUGGAAUUUGUUUCAAAUAUUUAAAUUGUGUAAUCGUAUAGUAAAAACCUCAUACUGUUUGUCAAAAUAAAAUCGACUCAAGCCAGAAUGAUAUGAACAUUCAUAUUCGUUGAACCAGACGUGGCCCGCUGAUGCUCUUCAGGAGAAAAAUGUAGAAUGCCAAAUACCUUUUGUGAUUUGAACUUGUAAUGAGGCGUUUCCUCAAUUCCUGGAUCAAACUACUUUGGGUAAAAAAUUUUGUUUAUAGUGUUUUGAACAAACAAUAGAAUUUUAUGAAGGACACUGAAGGGCCAUACACGAGUCUCUCCCCUUCAAAUACAGCAUGCUAUCUGUGCAUAUAUACUAGGAUGUUAGGGUUUGUAAUCCAAGUGAGAAUAUAUACAUUUUAAGACCUAACCAGGAACGACUGCGAAAAAUGCAGCACAAUUAGGUACCUACUGUAGAUUCGGCCACUCGAUGGAUGUGUUCCACUGAAAAAAAGCGCAGGAUUGUUUUUCGGAUUUCAAGAUCCCGCAAAAAUACCUAGAGACUUAGUGAUUUGUUUGCGAGAUUUUCAGUGGAUUUUAGAGGGUGUUUUUGGCAACAUUUUAGAAAUUCGAGGAGAUUUUAGCCGGUUUCGAAAGCGAUUUUGCAAGUUUUGAGAUUUUUUAGCUAUAUUCGGUGAGAGUUUUUAGUGAUUUUAUAGAAAGUUUCGAGAUUUAGGAUUUUAAGGAUUUGAAGAUUUUUGGUGGGAUACGAGGCGUUUUGGAGUAAUACACUCCUCGCAGCCACUUGGCACCGAACUUAUCUAUACCUACAUAUCUCCUUAUUUGCCUACUACCCUUCCUACCAGUCUGUCUGCCUCUGUUUACUUUUCUACUUACCUCUACCUAGCUUCCUACUUACCUACCCACCUAUACUUACUUAUUUAAUGGACCUACCUACCCUUCAUACUGGACAACAGCGGUUAGCAUGUUAAUUUAAUUAAAUAAAUUUCAAUCUAUACCUAAUUUGAAGGUAAAAUAGAAUCCCAACAAGUGACUUUUAAACAAGACAAAAAAAGAAGUCAUUUAAUUUGAAAGUCAUUCAAUGGCGUUUAUAUUUGUCUUUAAACUUCCUUUUCCUCAUUCCAGACUUAAAGUCCAUACUGUAUUUCCAAAAAAAAUACAAAAUAAAACAUUCUAUAUGACAAAAUUUUAUAUGAAAAAUUUAUAUGAAAAAUUUUCAAAAAACUUUUUAUUUAUAUAUAUCCAUAUAAAAUUCUGUCAUGAUUUUGAUCUUGGAGUUUCAAGAUACUGAAAUUCUAGAACAAAUUCUGAAUAUGAAAUUCAGAAUUUCCAGACUUUGUACUCCAGAUUUGAGUUCGGGUUUCCAAGUGUUUCCCUGCGAGUGUUAUGGCGAGAAAAACAGGAAAUCACCUUAUUAAAUUGCGGUCGUGUGGAUUGCUUGCAUUUCUAUACUAGAGUGCUUGCAAAGGCUAACAAGCAUUUUCAAGCAGUUAGUUCGUAAAGCCGGAAAGCUUUUUAUGCGCUUUGACUCGCUGUUCUCAGUGUGGAGAUCGCGUUGUGUGUAUACCCGUACGGUCGACGCAAUGACUUGGAUUUCAAACGUGCUGAAAGUCUGUAAUGUAUUUUCAUGUUAUAGAAAAAUCGAAGGACUUCAAUCUUCGAAAGAAAAGCUGACAGAGAAAGUUAUAAAAGGUUAGAUAUUUUUAUUUAAGAUCUAAUACUUUCAUAAGUUUGCGUGCAACUAUAUAGGCUACAGAAUAUAUUGUUAAUUGUUUGUGCUUUAUAAUGAUGUUAUCAGCGUAUGGAGUUUUCACCGAGGGCACCCAUUCGUACAGUGUCUGUCAAGCGUUAAGUAGUUACUACAUAAUAAGCAUUUAAAACUUGAAUCAAUGGUCGACCGUGCUAUAAUUUACCCUGCGUGCGUAUAUGACAGAUGUGAAAUUAAUGUCAUAAUUUGCAACAAUUACGAAUUUAGAAUCUGUCACGUUAUAUUUGAAUAUCAAAUAGCCUCGCACGUGUUUGAAUAUUUGAAGCGUAAUUUUGAAGGUCGACGUAACGUUAGGAUAAUCCGCGUAUCAACUACCCCUGGUUAAAUAAACAUGGGGAAGUAUUACAAUAGUUAGGCUUGUUUUAGGUAGAGGGGACUGAUUGUUAGAUCGUAUGGCAACAUAUGGUACAUUACUCAUUAGUUCACAUGCAGACGUGAUUAAACUGGACGUGUUUUCUGUGAAACUUAAUACGAUUGAAAUUGCAGCAGAAUAUAAAUAUUGGGCGCUAUAAUAUAGUAAGCUUUUUGUGCAGUAGAUCGUGAUCACCCAGCAAUUGUCAAAGUGAGAAAGUACUGUUAGUUCUUUUUGUUUAAUUGCGGAAUUUUUUGUUUGAUUUUUUUGCCGGUGUCAACACUUCUAUAUUACGACCAUGAGACCAUCUGCUGCCCAGUACUGCUCUCCCUAUUUUAAUAGCUGAUUGUAUUUUAAAUGCAUGUUAAUACGAGGUUAAUACAAGGCCAUUUAUGCAUGCUAUAUUAAACUAACUGUUUUUCUAUAAUAAAAGUUCCUUGAAAGUUUCCAUCCCGAUGGCAAUAAAACAAUAGUCGAUAUAUCUUUUGGUUUGUGGAAAAAUUAUUGCAAAGCUUUGUCUAUGCGCAAGCCAAGAUCUUUACGGAGUGGUAAUAUUAUAUUAUUCUAGAAAUACGAUGAUGUUUUGCACAAACCAAAGUAUAUAACUGAUUUCCUCUUUAUAAAUUUACACUUGCAAUUAGGUGCAAUUCCUUCUCCUGAUGGAUGUGAACGAGCAGAUGAGUCAUGAAUGAUCUGAGUAUAUGUAUUAUGUAGCCUCAUCUGAACCAUUCGUAAACACAUCUACUCGUUCACAUCCAUCAGAAGCAGUAAAUCGCAUUGCAAAUCAUCGUAGAAAAAUCGGUAGCCAUGCGCACACAGCGUAUACGGCACAGGUUUUGCGUGAAAAAAAUUAAUCCAAUGCACUUCAUUACCAUGUUGACUGCUAGCCAAACCAUUUAAUUGUGAGCGGAAAUCUAUCUUGAACUUCACUGUGUGUUCUGUAAGCAAAAUGUACUGCAUGUCUAUACAUUUGUGUUCUGGUCAUGUAUAGUACAACAUAAAAUUUGAGUUUGGGGUUUUACUUCAAUAUGUUUUGGCAAGCGAGGAAAGAUAGCCCAUAUAUUUUUAACCGGAUAAAUAACGUUUCUUUAUUUGACCUGUUUCAUUGUUUCAAGUCAUUAAAGUUCAUUAAAGGGCACUUUCUCAUUUAUCUUUUUGAUCUGUUUGUUACACUUUGGACAGAAUUACAAUUCUCAUUCAUUUCUUUAGUUUUGCUGAGUUUUUUAAUCUACCGCGACAAAGUCACUUGCGAUCAUAUUCUAGACUAAAACCUCCAAAUCCUCGAAAGCUUAUUAAGCCAUUGAAAUUAAAAAAAAAAUGUUAAAUCUUUUGACGGAAAUUCAAUGACAAUAGCGAAAUACUGCAUUCUAUCAGAUUAAAGGAACAUAAUGAAGAUUAUUCAGGUUUUGAAAUUUCUAUAUGUUUCACCACACCCAGCGUUUGUUGUGUCUUAGUGGUUUCCUACGCUGUUGUGUCUUAACCUAGCAAACAGUUGGAUCCGUGAGAAUUGCAAGAAUCUGAGUUCGAUACUUAACCAAACUUGACCCUUCGCGCAGAGAGCUAACUGCUCUCUUGCGUCAUAGUAAUUAAAGUGAAACUCUCUGAUACUGAAGUGUCAUAAGUAUGGUGGCAGUGUUAAACAUAGACUUUCGGAACUAUAUAUAUAAGCUUUUGUCACUGACCCUAAGCACGUGUAAAGUGACAGGAUCCAGGGGCAGUCGAUCUGUACAAGGGCCGGAUAGCGCUAUCCACAAAGAUAGUGAUUUUUUUCAACCUUUGUAAAAAAUACUUGAAGAGCUGUGAAAUUGCGGAUAUAUAAGACCUCACAAGAAGCAUAAGAACUUUUAAAUACUAAACUUUUAUCAUGAUCAAUGUCUAUUUCUACAAAACUUGAAAAUCAUUAUCAGAUGGAUAGCAAAGUUUGCUAGACUAAGCAAACGGCCUCUUGUGUUUUCAAAAAAUAUUCAUCAUUAAUAUAGAGGUUAUAGCCUUUACUUUUUGGCCAAUUUUUGCCACUUUUCAAAAGUUUGAAAAGUGGCCAAAAUUGUCAAAAAAUAAAAACUAACCAAAUGUGUAUAAAAGACUAACGGUCAAUUAAGUUAACCAAACUAUAAACUAAAAUAAAUUAACACUAUACUUCGAUUUAUAUUUGAUAGCUGUCAUAACUUUAUCAGUUUUAAACCAUCUUCUCAGAACUUCUUGUAAGGGACAUCCAUGUCUUAUUGGUCGGGAGGAAACCUACACUUCGUACUGGGUAGCUCCACUAGUUCUUAGUUGUUCUUUCUAUAUAGAAGUCCAGCAAGAGGCAUCUUUCAUUGGUCUAUGUAGUGUUAGAAUAGGAGGAAACCUAAACUGAACUGACUUUGUUUAAACUGGAUAUAAGCUCUAGAGGCCUGGACUCCCUAGACGGCUAGAGGUCCAGUAAGGACCAACCAAAAUUUAUCCGAUAUUACUACAGUACUGGAGAAAACCGAGGGUACACCGGAAGAAAGCCUACGAUGCUUGGUAGAGUCAAACUGGAAGAACUUGUUGGCUAAAAAAAUUGACUUUAAAAGCGGACUUCGUUAUACUUAUAGCAUGUUGAAAAACUUAUAUCAUGCUGCGUUCUUAUUCAACCUCCCAUUCACAUGGGGUUAACCAUAAGUCAUGUUUGACGUCAUUAAGCUUUUAUCAACCGGAAGUGAACGUAAUUGUAUUGAAAAUGUAUUGACUGGUUGCGGUCGUUUGCGUGGGAACUGGAAAUAGUGGAAAUUAUUGUGUGUCGCGUGUUUCAAAUUGUUUCGAAAAUUGAAAAUAAGUUUAGUCUGUCUAGUCACUAAAACGUGUAAUUAAAUGUUGUUUUUCAACGGGAAAAACACACUAGCAAAGCAAUUACGCUAUAAUUGGCAAUAAAGACUAAAUGAAGUUGUUGUUUUAAAAUUGUAAUGUCUUUUGACAUAUAAGAAAGAAAAUAUGAAGCGAAAAUUCUCAGUUUGCCAAGAAAAUUCAUCUUCGCUGUUUGGUGUUUUCCUCAAACGUGAAGCCUAAAUUUCUCAAUAUCAGUGUUAUACCUAACUGGCCCUUAUAGCGUGCACUUUUACAUAAAUCAAUUUUUGAGCGAAGUAAACUCGAAACAAUAGUUUGGACUAAAGACUGACAAUGUGAUUGAAUUCACUGACAAAAAAUCCGGAGUAUUUUGACUCGAAAAGCGUGAGUAAGAAUAAUGCAGUUUAAGUAAAGUUAUUUAAACUUAUCAGGAAAUUUACUCAAUUGCUCAUAUGUUUGUGAGUCAAAAUAAUCAAAAUUUUUUAUCUGGUGAAGUUAUAGUCAGUAACUCAUUGCGGGCCUCGAUUCAGAUUUGACCACCACCACCGUUAUCCUCACAGCCGUAAUACGCAUUUGAUUGGUUAAUUAAGUAUAUUAGGUCCAUCCGAUUGGUUAAUGGUGAUGGAAGUCAAAAUCUGAACCUCGCGUGUGCGCUGAAGCAGCCAAUCCGGGAAGUGCCUGUUCAACACAUUAUUUUUAUUGGUGUUAUUUUACCAAUCGAUUUCGUUCUUAUCUGUUGCAGGUGUUGCAAAAUCCUCACCGGAAAACACAACAAAGCUGCCAAAUGGAGAUAGGUAAACACCAUGUCACGAAAUGUUGCUUUGAUUAUCCUAUAAUCCUGAUAUAGUGAAAUUGCAGCAAUUUCCGCUGCAGUUAUGUACCUAAACGCCUAAAUAUCUAGUAUUUUUUGGCUCGAUAGAACUGAAUAUUGAAAGGGUAUUACCAGUGGCGUAGCCAAUUUAUUCCCGCUAUGCAGAUUGAAAAUUAUUAUCAUUGUUCAUUUCUUAUAGAAAUUGAUUGUUUUGACAGUCAAUGAACACGAAAAUCUCUUGGGCAAGAAGUUGUCUUUUAAUAAAUUAUUUUCACUUUUCGUAGGCCAAGCGCCGAUAAGCCUACGACAAGUACCGAUCUUUUACGAGAGUUCUCCGACAACGGUUGCUAUGGCGAACCAAUCAGAAACAGUGUUACUCAAGCCCAGUUCAAACCACUGGCAAGGUAUUAAGACGUGAAUUACACAAGUAAAUAAACGAAAAAACCAACUAAACUAGAUCUGUCGGUUCCAGACUGUUCUCCCUACCCAGGAAGCCCGACUAUGGCCUAUUAUCCAUCCCAAGGCCGGAUUUUGCUGGAAAUAGUGGGGGAGGUGGAAAAAAUUUAGGGGAGAUCCAGCAGUCUAGCUCACUACCCCCCAUAGAAAGUUAGGGCUUAGAACUGGCCAAAGUCAAUGACGUGACGUAUGCAUGUAGUGUACAUAUGUAUCAGUGUAUUAAUGAAUCAUGACUGUACAACUCAUCCAAUUUUGCCCUUCAUUGCAAUUACUACAAAGUUUUUUUCAAAACAUUGCAUUAAAAGUGUCAUUGACACAAAGAUGAAUGGCGGCUAUCACGGUUUCAAUUUUACAGAAAAACUUUCUUACGAAGUGUAGACCCUAAGCAACCAAACAAUGUCAAAUUUUCACUUUGAUCUAUCAUUGAAACUUCCCCAAGGGGAGGUGCAUGACUUUUCAGGGGAAGUGCCAAAAUUCUCUGGGGAGGUGCUCACCUCUCCACACCUCCCCUCAAAAUCCGCCUGUGAUCCAUCCAUUUGCAUCGAAGCGGAUAGUGGAAAAACGCGCGAUGCGCGUUCUCACGAGGGAGGAAACGAUCUCUCCUUCGCGCCGUGAUAUAAGUGUAUGGAGAUUAUGUAUUGACAGUUGUAUUGAUAUCAUUCACAUGCGACUGAGACUAAAUUGUAAUGAGACAAUUGCAUGUCGUUGACGUGAAAGCAUAUGCACUAGCCACGCCAAAAUAUGGUGUACAUUAUUAUAAUGAUUUGAAUUCAUUAUCAGUAGAUUGGCUCACAAAUCAUGUUUAAUUAAUUAUCGGUUUUAUUAUUAGCCACGAGAUUCCUCCACCGUUACAUCAACGACGAACUUUACAAAUGACAAGGAAAGAAAAUGAAGGAUUUGGCUUCGUUUUACAAGUACGUCAAAUUUGAGAGCCAUGUGUCUAUCUCUGUCGAUUCUUAUAUUGCGCAAGAAUUAGGCAAGCAUGUGACUAUACAACAUACAACAACAGCGGCAGCAACAACAACAACAACAACAACAACAACAACAACAACAACAACAACAACAACAACAACGACAACAGCAGUGGUAACAACUACAGCAACAACAAUAACAACAACAACAACAACGACAACAGCAGUGGCAACAACAACAACAACAACGACAACAGCAGUGGCAACAACUACAGCAACAACAACUACAGCAACAACAGCAGCAACAACAACAACAACGACAACAGCAGUGGCAACAACUACAGCAACAACAGCAACAACAACAACAACAACAACAACAACAACAGCAAGUUGGCACAGAUAAAUGUAUGAUCAACUUACCUAUUUCUUUAUUUGUAGACGAAUACAGUGAUCCAACCUGGCGCUUACAGUGAUUCGAUGACGUUCGUUUCAAAUGUUUCUGAAGAUGGUCCUGCUUAUCUGGCUGGUAUGAGACCGGGUGAGAAUAUACGCUUCUGCUUUCUGCUCCAAGUACUCUGGUUUCGAAGGACCAUAACAGUUUAGAACUGAUAGAACUAUGUAAUAUAAAUAAAGUUAGUUUAGUUCAGGUUUCCUCCUGUAGUAACACGGAUCCAAUAAGAGAUAAUCCUUACUGGACCUCUAGGAAGGGCAGUUUAGAACUGAUAGAGCUAUUUAGUACAGGGUUCCCAACAAUCUCGAACCAUGAGCCUGCAAUCUUCUGUGGAGGCUUGCUGAGGCUCUGGAAAACACCGGCGAAUUUUGCACGAAGAUCAGUACAUUUGGAUCCAGUACCCCGCUCGACAUUUAUAAAUAAACAUUGCUGCCGCCAAACAUGAAUUACGCCGUUGUUCAUGCUUAAUUAUUACGACUUUAAUUCUUCAAAGAACACUUGCCAGGGUUUUGACUUGCUUUAAGACACUGGUAGUGAUUUAUUUAACUUGUUUAAUUACGGUAAGUCAUGGAUUGUUGUGUUGCUAGCCUUGAGAGUAAUGCCGAUUUUGGUAUUAAUAAAUAUUACAAGCAACGGCUUAUCAUGACUUUAUAUGGUAAUGCUAUCAAAAUAGCCUAUUGAUUUCAUACGAGAAGCGAAGGAAAUAACUUAAUAAGUUUAUUAAAGUUAUACUGUGUGUUUCAUUGAUAUGUUUAAUAAACUUCAUAUCAAUUAAACUAUCUUUGUCCUUUGAAUCACUAAAUAGACUCACAGUUUGAAUAAUAAAUAAUUAGCACGGAAUCAGUGUAAAAGAAAUGGGUACGAACAGUUGAAAAACAACCAAUCGGAGCUGAAUUUUCGCUGGUGUUUCCCAGAGCCUCAGCAAUCGCAAGCCUCCACAGAUUAAAAUGGCUGGAAUUUCAAAGGAUCUAAAUUUCAAAAUCUUCAUACGGAGACAACGUCAGACCUCCUUGAUGGGCAUUACCUUCGGCACCAUAAAGCCAUAUAUUUCUUUCAACAGCCUACUAGGAACUCCUCGCUUGGGUAUUCUGUAGUAUAAAUAAAGUCAGUAUUAUCCUAACAUAUAUUUCUCGAUUUCCUACAGGGGAUGUGAUUAUUGAAGUGCAAAACAUGACUGUAGAAGAUGAGCAUCAUCAAAUGAUUAUAGACACUUUGAAAAAUGCUGGUUUGACUAUCAGGUUAGUAGGUAUCUCAAACUUGGGAUCCAAUGUAGGCAGUAUUCUACAACAAGCUACCGUGGUUUGCGUCUGAACUACGUGAAAAAGAUAUCUCAAACGUGGUGGUCCAGUGUAGGUAGUAGGCUAUUCUACAAUAAACUGCCUUGGUUUGUGUCUGAAGUACCUGAAAAAAUAUCUCAAACCUGGGGGCAGUGUAGGUAGUUUUCUGCCAACGGCUGUUGGUCAGGCAAUCUGCAGCCGACUAAAUCGAUACUUUUAAACACUAAAAUACUCAAUUUCUGUUUGCAGACUUGUUGUUGUUUAUAAAGACGCUAUUCAACGCAUGAGAUUGUCAACCAAGAUGUUAGCACUAAAGGUAGUUACUGUUCAAUAGACCAUUUCCGAAUUACGCUAAUACACCCUUCCGGAAAGUAAUCAGCCUUGGCUAUAGAGCCUCGUUUUCGUAUUUGAGUUAUCGGUUUUAGAGCCUUUUAUCUUGUUACAGGUAGACAGGCGCUUUAAAUAAUUAUAAUACAUGAAGUAUUCAGGAAGGCAGGCGACGCGCGAAGGGGCUGUUGGGAAGGGUGCGUCCUGGGGAGCUGUCGUCUCGCAUUUCAAGUGCACUCUUCCCAUCAACCCCUUCGCCCUUCUCUCGCCACUACAGUACUUCAUGUAAACUCGCCAUAUGCGCAUCACUGUUUUUUUACAAAGAGACGCCUGGGUACGAGACAGAGGUAGACACAUUUUCGAAAUCAUACAGGUAGGAACCGGUUAUUAUUUAUGGCAGAGGUGGCACCAAAGAGGAAUGUUUUUCUUGGACGAUUUUUGCUGAUCCGACCAUUAAAGUAAAACCCAACCUCAGAUAUUAACUAAAAAUAAAUACCCAUUCAGUUGUCGCACGUGUCCAUUCACUUCUGUGACAUGAGUUUGAUAACUGCUUGUGCAAUUUUCUGCAAUCUAAAGUUUCAUGUUCUCUGCACAUGUACUUUCUUUGGAGACACCCUUUGCCUCCUGACAAAUCGGAAAAUAAUCAAGAUAGUGACUCUGAUUGAUUUGCAUAUUGUAUUGUAUUGUAUUGUAUUGUAUUGUAUUGAAAUAUGAAUGUUGACAUUGCUUUUUAGUCUUCAAUAUUUGAGUGAGUCAUGCUUUGGAAAUGAUAAUAAAUUUUUAUUACCGAUGUUUUGUUUUUCAUUUACCCAACCUUUUACUCGCUCAUAAUUUUGUUUACCCAACUCUUUUCGCUUCGGUGCCACCCCCAGCCAUAAAUAAUGACCGCUCUCUUACAUUGGAUAAUAUGCAAGAUCUUUUAGACAAUUACGUCAUCGGUAACAAGAUAAAGGGCUCCAAAGCCAAGUCGAAGUACUUUCCAGAAAGGUCUAUUGUCGGGAACAAUAACAAAUGUUAAAUGUUAAGUAUAGGUAAUCAUGCGAUGUUGCUCGUACAAUUAGGGAUUAAUAGUACGAGUGAUGUUUGGAAAUUUUGCCGAAAUUGGACGAGCCGCCGGGGCGAGUCCAAUUUGGCAAAUUUCCAAACAUCACGAGGUAUGACAAAAUUGGAUACGUACUUCUCAAUGUCAACAUCAUAUUCUCUCCUCAAAGCCCAGUCCUGCCAGACUUUCAACCAAAAUUUGGUGCUUUUUUUCGUAUUUUCAUUUAGUUCUUUUGCUAAAGCAAAAUUUGCUGCUUUUGUUCGGAUUUUCAUCUAGUUCCUCAAGGGCAAUUUCAGUUCACGUUUGUGUUUAAAAUGCCCGUUUCCGCCAUUUUGUUUGUUUUGGGGAAAUCAUUAAUUGUACUGCAGUACAAUUAAUGAAAUAAUUGUACUUCUCUCGAGUCUCAACCAAUCAGCAUCCAGUAAUUUUGUCAUGCUAAUAAUAAUAAAUGUUAAUUUGCUAUCGAAGCAUUAUAGUUUAGCACGAAGCCUCGUUUUCACGCUGCUAUAUUGGGCAUUCCACCGUUGGAAAUGGAUUAUUGUAUUCACUCUGCUGAACCCCUCGAUUAGUUAUCUAACUCUGGUAAGCUCGGAGCAUUUUAUGAUGGAAAAUUAUUUGAAUUUUUAUAGGCUCGUCUUAGCGAGGCAGAAAAAGCUUACGAUGAACUCAGUAAGAAAGAGAAAAUGAUUUUAGGUAAAUGCUAUCUUUUUUUCAUUUCUACUUUAAAACUCCGGGGUGCACUGCAGUGUAACCUCUUUCGCAAGACAUAUUUCUGAGAUUGUGCGGAAGGUGUCUGCUAGACUAUAUUUCGUUAAACAACUAAAACGUGCUGGCCAGACUUUUAGCCAGAAGGGCGUCCUGGGACGCUCCUAGAACAAAAGGUGGACGCCUCUGGACGCCCAAAUUAUGGGGAAAAGGGAAAUUAUUUUCAAUGACUCCCUAAGUAUAUUAACAUAUUCGAAACGAAAUAGCUUCAAUUCUCAUUAUUAUUAUACAUUUGACAUUUUGAUCAAUUUGAUGGUGUACCUGGCUGAAUGAAAAUGUCGUAGUUAAGUAAAGAAGCAAUAGUGGCACAAACUCACAGACCCAAGUGUGUUUGAAAAAUUUCAAACGAGGUUGGAAAGAUACUAUAGAUACCCCCCCCCCCAUAACUAUAGAUACGGUAGAUCUACAGUUAUGUGGAUCUACAGUUAUGUGGAAAAUUGGACGCCCUCUUUUAGGACCCUGGCUAAAAACCUGGUGCUGGCUCUGCAGUUCGCGGAGACUAUUCUAUUUGACCUGCGUCCGUCCUCUGACAGAAUAUGCUUGCCCAGUCUUCCAUAAUUCUCUGCCUACGUACUUACCAGACGAUCGCAAGAAGCUGCAGAAACUAGCACUUCGUCUCAGAUUCAUCGCAUAAUUAAGGUACAUGCACUACUGCCAGAGCAAAAUGAGACUAACGUAAACUUGAGGAAGAAACGGAUGUGUAAAGACGGUGUGUAAAACAGACAGUUUUGUGGAAGAGCUUUUUACCAAUGUACAUGUAUUUAUCGGCUUUUAAAACACAAUCCCUCUCUCGAUCGCUCUCUUUAGAAAUAACUUCGCGAAGUAAAAGGUUUAAAGUCUAUAAAUACCUGCCAUUUUCUGCCACAUACUGAGUAAAUCACAGUCUCGCAAUCGCAAUAACAAAAAAAAUUACUUGCAGCUUGAAAGGGACAGAACGCAAUCUUCCAGGUCAUUUUAGACAAAUUCUCAAUAAAAACUUGGUCUGUAGUUUUCCUCAAGUUAUUUAUUAAACUCUAAAAUGUCCAACUGAAACUGUCUUUUUAAUGGGAUAUGGGUUUUCGCAUUCUUGUGUCUUUCAUUCCUAUAGUCCCAAUAAUUAAAAUCCCAUUUUCCCAGUCCAAAAUUAGGCAAAUCCCAGUUCCUAUUCUACCCCUUCAGGUUCCUGUUUCACCUGUACAAAUUUCUGUUACCACACAUGAUUACACUUCUGGGGUGCAGUUGUUCAAAGUUGGAUUAAAAUUUAACCUGUUAUUUAACCUGUUAUUUUAUUUAUUUUAUUAAAUUUAAAAUUUAACCGGUUAAAAUUUAACCUGUUAAUUUAGUUUAAGUAUUACUGCACGUCUGUUUAUUUCAAAGAAGAAAACUCCUACCAAUCCGGGCAAGAUUUCUAAAGAAAUAUUUUCAAAUUUAUAAACAAACUGUUGGGAAAUUUGCUUUGAAUUUUAGGUUAAGGUUACUUCACAUGAUGAACGUGCGUUUUAGUCUAUUGAACAUGGCGCAACGAAUUUUAGGUGUAACUUUACCAAAUUUUUAGUGAAGAAAGCCAAUAAAAUGCUGAUUUCGAAAAUGGUGUUCUGUUUAAACAAGUCCAGUAUUGGCUGACUAAAGAAAUACAUAAGUAUCCCAUAAAAAAUUCAAAAUAUAUUUGUAGUUUACCUCAACGUUUGUCUACAUAUAUCGAUUUGAAUCUUCAUAGGUACGGUAAAAAAAGGUGUGCAGAAAAUUUCUCUUCUUGAAUGGUUUUUCUGAUAUGACGUUUUCUUUGACAACUUCGUGAAUUAUCAGUGACAAUCCAAGAAUCAGGGCAUAUCAGAAAAACCACUAAAGAAGAGAAAUUUUCUGCACACUUUUUUUUACCAUGCCUAUGAAGAUUCGAAUUGCGAUAUCUAGACAAUCGUUGAGGUAAACUAUAAACAUUUUUUUAUUUUUUUAUGAAGGUACCUACAUAUUUACUCAGUCAGCCAAUACUGAAAAUGUUUAAACAGAACACCCAUCAAAUGAAAAUUUUCGAAAUCAGCAUUUUCCUGGCUUUCUUCACUGAAAAUUUGGUAAAGUUACACCUAAAAUUCGUUGACUAAAACGCACGUUCAUCGUGUGAAGUAACCUUAACCUAGGUUUAAGCUAUAACCGGCUUUUGAACAACCGGACCUCUGCAGUACGCAAUUAUCUGUCACGAUUCUUUUAUCUCUCUGAGAGUGUGUCGUCCCACAGGCUAAAGUGGCAUUUGUGACGUAAUUUCAGAACCAUCCUCAGAGAUGUGAGCUUCCGAUUUAUUCUGACUCUACAGAGGGCACCGAAUAUUUCGUUAUCUCGAGCGAGAUUCUAACGCACAUCUUCGGGUUUUUAUAGACCGCCGCUCUACCCAGUGCGUGUCCUCCAAGGCGAGCGUUAAAUCGUCACGAAAAUAUUUUGUGCACGUAAAAUUGGAUAGGACUCGCUACCAAUCCCCGUUGAUUCGAUAGGCAAAUAGGUAGAGCGGUGGUGUAGAAAAAACGAAGAUGCGAAUUAGAUUCCCGCUAGAGAUUCUAGUUUGUGAAGUGUGCCUGAUUAUUAAGACACCUGAACUGAAGAUCAAAAAACAAACAUGGAUUAACUAAGGGAACAAAAACUUAAACAAAGUCAACAAUGUUUGACUAUUUACACCAUAUUCUGCUUCGUCAGGCAUUUUAUUGUAUACAGAAUCACAUAAGUUGCGACCCCUGAUAAACUCCUGAAAGUCCUUGAGUUUAUAAAGAAGUGCUUGAAAGUCCUUAUGUUCUUGCUUUAGUGGAUACUUUCUGAAAUUGUUUGGCAUGAAGAAGUGGACAUUUUGUAAAUUGAUUUUGUUCAUGUCUUACAAAGGCCAAAACUGUUUGAAAUUCAUUAGAAUUGCCAUUUCAGCAGUUUAACGUCACUGUUUACAGAUUUCUAACGUCUUCUUUUCAGCCUUUAGUCCUUGAAUUUCCUUAAAAGUCCUUGAAAUGCCUUAAAAGUCCUUGAAUUUCCUGAUACAUAGCUACAUAACAUGCGCCUGAAAGUCCUUGAAAAGUCCUUAAAUUUAACUCUUCCUAACUUGUACGAACCCUGAUAAACACUUGGACCAUCCAUUUCUUCCGUAAUUCUGUGAGUAUAAAAACCUAAACUAGGCACUUGUCAUUUCUAGAUCACGUGAAAGACCCAUCGGCUCGGGACAUUAAGGUACAAAUGGCGGUGGUACAUAUACAUAUUCAGGUCGCGAGCGCGACGUUCGCACGUGAUACACCGGAUGUAAAAAAUUCCGUCGUUCAAACAAAACGAAC